GGCGGGGCAGUGACACGACAGAGGUGGGGUCAGCCAAUCCGAGGGGGCGGGGCAGUGACACGACAGAGGUGGGGUCAGCCAAUGGACCCCAAUCGCUGCCGUGUCAAUCAUAGGAAUUCUUGCUUGGUUUUCCUAAUCUAGAUAAUCAGGUUGGUUGUUUUGACCCGGACAGCACUUCAAAAAACGGGGUCACAUGGCUUUAAUACCAGCAUUAUUGUCCUAAUAACCAUUUCAGGGUUCCUUAUUAGAUUUAAAAUAAUAAAGUAUAUCAGAGCUGCAUGGAUACAUUGGCUUGAUUCAGUAAAUGUAACCAGUUUUGUACCAAUAGACUUCUUAUGGUAAUAAAAAGUGUAACAGAUGCCCUCCCCCUGCGUAUCACCACAGCAACAAAAAACAUAGUGGAUUGUCCGCUUUGCCUCCCUAAUGAUGGCGGGACGUACUGGUCGUGACGCAGUUGCGUAAUAGCGAGUGGGGAGGGGUGGCACGCGUUGUAAUGAGAGAGCAUUGUCUGUUUGAAAGGAGGAAUCUGGGCCGAGUUGAGGCCGCCGAAUAAAGGGUCUUUAAGAGAUCGGGUGGCCGAGAAGACUCUCGUAAGUUGUUUUCUUAAACCGGGUAACGGAAUUGUGCUCAGGGUGAUGUGCGGGUCCUUUAUAACCAGUUACGCUACUCGUCUGCCUUUACUUGGGGAUACCAAGUCAUCUCCGUUCGCUGCUGUGAGUCUGCCAUCAGCAGACAACUUCAGGGUCGGUUUGUUCCAUUAUACUGUUCUGUGCGUGCUCCACUCAGUCGCCAUGAUUGCACCUUCUAAACUCCUCUAGAACUUGCAUGUGUUCACCACUGAUCAACCUGGGCACUGGCACUGCUGGCAGCAGAGCAUGCAUGACUGAAAAAAUCUUGACCCAGUAUACAAGGCGGACUCCUGUUAAAAUGACCAAAACUGCAUCAAAUACGCUGGUGUAGCAGGCAACAGUGAAUUUUGCAAGAUCCGCUUGAGAUGCCACAAGAUUCAAAAACAAAAGUCUGCACAGUUUGAUGGCAAGAAAUGUCUGUGCUAACAAAUUCUGCUUAAAGGCUUUGUUACUGUGAUACCUUUCUAAUUAUUUUAAAUGACUACUUAAUUUUCCAUCUAAAUUCUGGCAAAAUAUCAAUUGCUCCCCAAAAAUGGAAAGUAUUCUGACUGAAGAAAAAAUCAACAAUUUGAAAGUUGAAGAUGAAGACAGAAAUAGUGACUUGGAUGGUAUGCAAAUAAAGAUGGAAUUGGAUGACCUAAAACAAAUUGAAAGUAGCGAUGAGCAAGAAGAUAAGGAACAAUCCUGUGCUGAUACCUCAAAUACAUUUGUAUCAACUGACAAUGAGGAUGAUUAUGGUGUUCUGUUUUCUCAGUACACUACUACUCUUUAUGAUGCGGCAAUGGAGGCCGUUACACAAAGUAUACUUACAAACAAAAAUAUUAGCAACCGGAAAAAGUCUCCAGCUUGGAAUCAUUUUUUUAUAUCUCCCCGGGACAGUACCAAAGCAACAUGCAUGUAUUGUAUGAAAGAGUUUAGCCGAGGGAAAAAUGAAAAAGACCUAAGUACAAGUUGUUUAAUGAGACAUGUAAGAAGGGCACAUCCUAGAGUGCUUUUUUCUGAAAAAAAGCCUGGUAUAUCUUCCUACUCUCCACCUACAUUACUGCUACCUCCACAAUCUUCAGAUGCUGCAGAAUCCAAUGUUACACCUACUAAAUAUAAAAAAUCAGCAUUAAAAAUCUCUUCAGAAAGCAUACCAGAGGAAACAUUGACAUUAUCAGAUAAUAUAUCCUCAGACUUUUCAGUGUCAGAAAAAAUCAAAGAAGAAAUCAAAGAAGUUGUUUCAGGGGUUUCUCCAGUGUCAUUCUCAAACAGUCAAGCAGAAGAAACCAGUGACAACACAGAACAAAAACACAUUCCAACUCAAAAAAAUUCAUCAGGUUCUAGAAGAAGGUCUGCUGUCUGGAAGCAUUUUUAUUUAUCUCCCCUUGAUAAUUCAAAGGCCGUUUGUAUACACUGCAUGAAUGAAUUCAGCAGAGGAAAAAAUGGAAAAGACCUUGGAACCAGUUGUUUAAUAAGGCAUAUGUGGAGAGCCCACCGUUCAAUAGUUUUGGAAGAGAAUGGCGGAGUAACAAGUUUGCCACCCCCAUAUUCUGUGCCUCCUACCUUAUUGCCAUCUCUUCUUCCCCCAGAUGGUGGUGAUGUAUCUCCAGGAAAAAUUAGUAAAGAACCUGCUUCUUUGCCUUCAUCUCCUGAUAGGGCAUCAGUUGAUAUUCAGUAUGCUGUUCCUAAUGGAAACCUGAUUGAAGAUGAAGAAUCUAUUUUGCAUUGCUCAGAUAGUAAUACCGAGUCAUUAUUACUGUCUUCUCCUGGAAAACGUGGCCACGGUCGCAGAACUUUAACAUACAAGUCAACUGUUUUUCAGUCAAACAAAAAAUGUAUGAAAAGGUUAAAAUCUGAAGUAUGGCAUCAUUUCUCAUUAUCUUCAACUGAUCAUCUGAAAGCAGAGUGCAAGUAUUGCAAUUGCACGAUUAGCAGAGGCAAAAAGGGGGAUUUGGGAACAAACUGUUUGAGGCAUUUGUAUAGACAACACCCAGAAGUGAUAUUGAACCAAAAAAAAAAUGAUGUUGGUCUAGCCAAUUCUCCUUAUGCUACUUUAGCUUCUGCAGAGUGCUCAGCAAGAAUGACAGAAUUAACAAUUGUAAAUCAUGAUAAUCAAAUUGUAUUACCAACAAACAGCAAAAAGACCUCAAAACUGUGGAAUCACUUUUCAAUUUGUUCUGCCGACUCAACGAAAGUUGUAUGUAUGCACUGUGGUCGAACAAUAAGUAGAGGGAAAAAACCAACCAAUUUGGGAACCAGUUGUCUCUUGAGACAUUUACAGCGGUUUCAUGGCAAUGUACUGCAAAACAAUAGUGUUUCCAAAACGUUAUGUCCUGCCGAUUCACAAACGCCAGUGAAAACUGAAUUAACAGCCUCUUCUUUUGAUGACACCACUGACAAAUUUAGUGACUCUCAUCCAGUUGCCAAGAAAAUCACAAGUCUUGUAGCUGAAAUGAUUGCACUUGAUCUUCAGCCAUAUUCCUUUGUAAAUAAUGUUGGAUUUAAUAGACUACUUGAAUAUCUUCAACCUCAAUAUUCAUUACCAUCUGCAUCCUACUUUUCAAGAACUGCAAUCCCUGACAUGUAUGAAAAUGUAAAGGACAUCAUAGUCUCGCACUUAAAAGAAGCAGAAAGUGGUGUAAUCCAUUUUACAUCUGGAAUAUGGAUGAGCAGUCAGACACGGGAAUACUUAACUCUUACUGCUCAUUGGGUAACAUUUGAGUCUUCAUUCAGACCGCAUAAUGAAAAUCACCACUGUUCAGCACUUUUGCAUGUUUCACAGAUUGAUUGUGACUUUAAUGGUGUCAGUGUUCAAAAACAUCUAGAACACUUAUGGGAAUCCUGGAUUACUUCAGUUGGCCUUCAGAUAGGUAUAACAGUGACUGAUAAUCAUAGCAUAGCAAAAACGUUAAAUGAGAGUGAGCAUUCAAGUGUUCAGUGUUUUGGGCACACAGUGGAUCUAAUUGUGAACGAGGCUAUUAAAAGUCAAAGAAUGGUGCAAAACUUGCUAAGUAUUGCAAGAAAAAUCUGUGAACGUGUACGGCGAUCCACAAAAGCAAAAGAAAAAUUAGCAGAAUUGCAAAAAGAAUAUGAUUUACCUCAGCACCAUUUGAUUCAGGAUGUCCCUUCUAAAUGGAACACGUCAUUUCAUAUGUUAGAACGACUAAUUGAACAGAAAAGGGCAAUUGAUGAAAUGUCUAUUGAGUGCAACUUCAGAGAACUAAUAAGCUGUGAUCAGUGGGAAGUAAUACAAUCUGUCUGCCAUGCACUGAAACCAUUUGAAGCAGCUAGUAGAGAAAUGAGUAUGCACAUGGCCACCUUGAGCCAAGUUAUUCCAAUGAUUCAUAUUCUCAACAGAAAGAUAGAGAUGUUAUUUGAGGAAACAAUGGGUAUUGAUACAAUGCUGACGUCUCUUAAAGAAGCCAUGGUUUGUCGACUUUCAUCAACCCUUCAUGAUCCGCGAUAUAUUUUUGCUACACUCUUAGACCCCAGGUACAAAGCUUCCUUAUUGUCGGAGGAGGAGGCUGAGGAGUACAAACAAGGCUUAAUCAGGGAACUGGAGAUACUAAGUUCUACCUCAGAUGAUGCACCUAUCCUUAAUGGGUGCAACAAAAGUUCUUCGCCAGAAAGCAAAUGUGAGGAAAACAUUUGGUCACUUAUGGCAAAUUUAGAAAGAUCAAAGACAUUAAAGGAAAAAUUGCCAGAAGAUAUUGUGUUUGCUUACUUGGAAGAAGAGAUUCUUGAACACAACUGUGAUCCAUUAACUUACUGGAAUUUGAAGAAAUCUGCAUGGCCUGUAUUGGCAAAACUGGCUGUCAGGUUCCUUGGAUGCCCACCUAGCAUUAUUCCCUCUGAGAGGCUUUUUAACACUGCAAAUGAAAAUGGCAAUUUUAACCAAAACAGACUAAUGAUGGAACAUUUUGAGCAGCUAAUCUUUUUAAAAGUCAAUCUCCCUUUAAUUUACUUCCAGUAUUGAUCUACAAUUAGCAGGUGAAGCUUUUCCCCUAGAUAUUAAAUGUAUUUUGUACAUUUGUUAAAUUGCUCCACUAGGGGCCAUGUACGACAACUGAGAAUUGACAAAUUGUUCUAUAACGUUCCAAUGUUGGGCUUUAAAUAUUGUCUACAUGUGCCUUACUUAGUUCUUCAGGCCAGAUCUUGUAUAUAUAUUUUUUUCCAAUUUCACCCUAGAAUGUUUGUCAUGUAACUUAAAAUGUAGGUUUUAGUUUUCAUAUCUGUAAAUACAUAUGUAAAGUGAUUUCUUUUAAAACAGAAUUGCAAAAAAUGGAUGUAAAAACUUUUAUCUUGUAGGUUUUUUUUGUACUGUAUUUCAUUCAGACAUUGCUUUUAUGUUGUGUGUUUUUAAUAAUGCUGCAUAUACAGAUUGAGAUAUUACUAUGAAAGGGGUCUGUUAGUAUCCAGUCAAGUAAAGUUAAAAAGACUAACUUGUGCCUACACUGCAAUGACCCCUUUAGUGAAAUGCAGAAGUAUUGUUUACAAAUCGAUCAUCAAAAGUUUUUUAUCGAAUUAAUUUGUUGGUCUGUUACAAGCGAGACCUUUUAUAGGCAAACAGCAAAAAAGCGUGUAAUGCUGCUAACACACAAUAGCUGAUGUGGGUGUGUGUGUGUGUGUGUGUGUAUAAAUGAGAUUCCGGAUACUGCUUCAAUGUUAAGCAUUAAAUUGGGCCCUUUAUAUAAUAAAUCUGAAAUGUUUUUAAAAGGAAGGGAAUAAUAACAAGCAGAGAAGGUUGUCGUCCAUUUACCUUUUAUAUCAAAGUGACCGCUUCCAAAUAGGUGCACUAAAAGCCCUUCCACGGUGCUCUCUCCCUGAAAGCCUACAGGUGUCCGCUGAUUCACCACCUUCCACCUUAGUCAGUGCACUAAGAGCAUAUUAUAGUGCUCUGCUACACUUGUAUAGCCUACAUGGAUUGAAGGGUAUAUAUGUUUCGUUUCUCUUUAAUAGUUAUGCAAGGUAACUCGGUUGAAUCUCUUGCUAAGUUACAUUUUCAUAUUUCUUAUUAGUUUUAGCAUCAGGCUGCUUUUCUUUGUAUUGUCCAUUUUUUUAAAAAAUACAAUUGAUCUACCAAAAUCCAUUGUUCUUGAUUUCACAGCAUAAUUUUUAUAUUUGUUGACAUUGAAAGAUGUUCCUGUCAUAACAAUGUUUUCAAAGACAGUAGAAAAGUAGGGAUUUUUUUUUUUUGUUGCGACAGUUUGUUUUUACAAUUGCUGUAAACUGUUUUUUUGUUUUUUUUGUUAAAAAUGCUGUACCAGUCUGACAAUUUUUACAUAUAUGUAUUAGUGUAUUUAUAAAUGGUAAACAAAUGUUGUUUUUAAAUUAAACCAUUUAUUUACAGUAGACUU